ACAAUCAGCGGCUGUUCUAUAUUUCGUAAGAACUGACAGUGUAUAUAUAAGAUAUUCAUUGUUUCCAAUACAAGCAGAAAGGGAAAAACUGUUGUCUGAAAAAUCGAAGGAAUAGUAAAAUAAAAUUUAUGAAUGACAAAAUAGAAAAGUGUGAUUAUAUUAGGCUUAAUAACAAAAAUUAAAUUAUUUCCGAACUAAGUAAUGACAGGUACACUCCCGAGGGAGACAAACGGAUCAGUUUCAAAAAUGCCUUACAACCAAGCAAACAUGGAUGAAAGAGACAAUUAUUUUGCACCAAAUUAUCAGAAUUAUCAGGUGCCAGUGACUCCACCAGGAUUAGAAGCCAUUUAUUCAGCAUGUCGGAAAUUAUAUCAAGAUCAGCCCAACCCGUUACAAGUAACAGCACUCGUGAAAUACUGGCUGGGUGGACCAGAUCCAUUAGACUACAUCAGUAUGUAUGCAAACCCAGGAGAUCCAGAUAAAGGGGUUCCCCCGCAUUGGCACUACAUCAGCUUCGGCCUGUCAGAUCUCCAUGGUGAUGGCAGAGUUCAUGAAUGUCAAGGUACAGACGGACCAAGUGGUUUUGGUUUUGAGUUGACGUUCAGACUGAAACGCGAGCCCGGAGAGACCAAUCCACCCACCUUGCCAGCCACGUAAAUGCAAGCUCUCUCAAGAUAUGUCUUUCAAACAGAGAACAAGGUAUACGCUGGAGAUCAUGUACCAUGGCAUAUUCCAUUAGAUGGUAGUGAGUCUCGCAUACAGCAUAUGCUCAUGGCGGAGGACCCUCAGCUGAACCCCAUUACAACACCAUUCGGACCGGUCUGCUUUGUACAGAUUGUCGGAGUUUGCACGGAGGAACUACGUGCUGCUCAGCAUUGGAAUGGACCAGGAGUUAUUGAACUUUUGCGUUCAAUAUCUUCAGCUGGUGGUCCUUGGCUGAUCACUGACAUGAGGAGAGGUGAGUCUCAGUUUGAACUACAAGAGAAAGUGGAUCAGGGAAUUGAAACGGAAGGUUCGAAUUUGAGUGGCGUUAACAGCAAAUGCUCAUGGGAAGAGCCUGGGGAGAAUGAUCGUGAUAAUUUAUAUGACAAGGAUGGGUUCGAUGAUGAUGAAGAUGAUGCAGAGAGAGGACACCUUUCAAUAUUAGAGUCAGAGCAGAUAAAAGCAACAUUGUCAAGAGGCCUACAUUCUGAUCUACGGCCAAAUAUUGCAGAUUUCAAUCGACCUCGAUCAAGGAAAAAUUCAUUUGACAGUACGGAGAGUUCAGAUGCACCGACUGAGUUGUUACGGACAAGAACGCUCGAAUACGUACACCUUAAAUUUAAUCUGGAAGCUGCUUCUUUACUGCCGUUGGCAUUGAGAGGAAGGUUGCGGCAUGGGCGACAUUUUACAUUUAUGAGUGCGACAAAUGAUUCUGCAAUUACCCUUGUUUCUCCGAGCGUAAACGGCUCCAUAGCGGACGAGGAGCACCCAUUCGCAGCACAUGGUCUGUGGUUGCAAGUUUUACUGGCAGAUGAUUUCAUUGAAGAAAUGUGUAUAGACCUACAAGAGUUAUCAAAUCCUGAUGAUUUACUUCUACCUAAAACGUACAGAUGGCCUGAGAGACGACUGUGUAUCACCAUCCUGUCUGAUGAGGCAUAGUAAAGAGCUGAGAUUGGUCAAAACUUGACGUAUUGUUGGUCGAGAAAAACACCCUUCAAUUCUUGUGUUGAUACGGUUUCUUAGAAAAAAAAUUAUUUUGAUAUUAAAAAAAAGAAAAGAAAAAUAACUAUGAAAUAGUUGAUGAGGAUUCAGUUGAUGUUUUAAACAGAAGUGUUUCUGGGAAGAAAGAAAAAACUUUUAGAAAUGUAUGAUUUCUUACUAAAAAAAUUUCAAGUUCUAAGGUAAAAAAACAACAGCAUAUUUUGCCAUGGUGUUCAUAAUGUGAUAUAAAGUGAUAUCUUCAAAAUAAAAAGAAAACAGAUGGAUUUACUUUACAAGAAAGAAGACUUACACUGCUAGGACAGAUUGUGUUGUAUCACAGGGAAUUAUGGGAGUUUUGAAACGAUGAAAUCUAGUCAGAUUUGAACAUUAUUAUUAGAUUAAUUUUUAAAACUUGCAAUCUGUGUGUGUUUUUAUUAUGCUCUUUUAUAUAUAGAACUGUGGAUUUGCCUUUACAGUGAAAAAAAAUGUUUUAUAACUUGGUACCAAUAAAAAUAGAAGUGCUGAAUACUGGGACUGUAAUAUGAAAAGGAAAUAAUUUCUGAUUUUUCUGGUGUUAAAUUGUUGUUGACAGCAGUUGUUAUAGGCAUUGAUCAUUUUAUUCAUUCAUUUUGUAAAUUAGCUCAUAUUUUCCCAUACAGAAGAGAAAUGGAAUAACAAUGUGGAUAUAUGAUUUAAAAAGUGAUCAUUAUUUCAAGAAAUGUUCAACAACAUAUGUCUAUCUCUUGUUAGGAAAUUUAUUUUUCUUUAUAACUGACCUCUGUGGUUUAAGAUAAGAUCUUUUGAUGCCCUUUUUUUAUGACAAAAAUCUUUUGUAUUUGCUUUGUAUAUUUUUUUCCCUGUAUUAAUAGACCCUCUACUGAUACAUAAAUUGUCUUUAAAAGUUAUUUUUUGAUUAUAAUUAAAAACAUAUAAUGCAAAUUUUAACUGUGAAAGAGUAUGGGACAAAAUCCAGCCCUAUAAUAUUAGUGAAAUUGACAAGUAAAAACAAGGGAGGUACUUUUCAACAUGAUAGUGUUAGCGACAAGGGAGAUAAUUUUUCUGCCGCUGUUUCAUUCUGGCAAUAUACUCAAGUAAUGAAACAUAUAUUUUAAGAGAAUCAAAUCCACACUAAAGAGAUUUAAUUCAUUAUAUUUUAACACUAUAUGUAUCUUUAGGAUAAAAUGAUAGUGUUGUUUUUGUUUGUUUUUUUCUUUCUCACUGAACAGGUGAAAAUGUCUUAAAAGAGUGCUUUGACUUCUUUUUGCUUUUACAAACCCUUUAGUUUGUAUAAGUUAUUUUUGUACCAUUUUAUUUAUGUUAACUUUUGUGCAUAUUAUUGUAAUUUUAUACUGUACAUAAUGUAUGUAUUUUUUUAUAAAAAGUAAAUGCUAUGAUUACACAUCAAGCACAUGUCAUUUUGAAAGAGAAAAAACACUUUUUUUAAAUUUUUUUAUUAAAGUGUGCCUUAUAUUUAAUGAUACACAAGAUGUUUUUUUUUAAUAUAUCAACAAAUUUUUAUUUUACCAGUAAAUUGGUGAACAUUGACUAAUUUAUACUUUAAUUAUUUUUUCAGGCAUAAGUUUAAUACCAGGACUCUUACUGUACAAAGUUUUUAAUUCAUGUAGUUUUCUCUGUAACUAUUUAGAAAAAAAAAUGAUUAUUUUGAUAUUCAUGAAAAUUAAGUUUUGAAUAUUCAUGAAAAUUAAGUUUUGAAUAUUCAUUAAUAUUAAAUUUUGAAUAUUCAUUGAAAUUAAGUCACCUGUAUGUUUUUAAUGAAUGCAAGUUAUUAUGAAUGUUUUUUAUAUUGCAGAACAUUUAAAUAUUUAUAUACCCAGCAUGUUAAUGAUGAAUAUUCUAUCCAAAUUUUUUCUUCUUUGCCUGCGCAUUCCUCAAGUUUUUUGUUUUUUUUGGAGAAUAACAAAAAGACAUGUUCAUGAUUGUUUUUAUCAUAGAAUUUUUACUAGUGGUCACUUCCAACAGUAACCACAUAUCUUAAAUGUCUUAAUGAAGUGUGCUUUGUUUUUUCCUCUUACAACUCUGUACUCAAACUUUUCUGAGUAUGACUUUUUUUUUAUUUCUAAACGUUCUUUUAUACUCACUGACUUAGUUCUUAUUCUAGAACUGUCUAUAGGUUUGCUUUUAAUUUUUCUAUAUUCUAUAUUACUGUUCGAACUGGUUGUAAGUUUUGAAAAGGCCUACAUGAUUCACUUGUUCACGAAAAUGUUAUUUGUUUGAAGACAAUUACUUUAUAAUUAUUUAGCCCCUAUUUUGUGAAUAAUGAGACGUGUGAAGGAAAUUUAAGGCUUAAUUUAAUAGUCAAACAUCGAAGCAUCAAUGGCAAAUGUUUUCUGUUAUUUAAUAAAAAUCUAAAUAGCAUCGAUGAACAAAAUUAUCAAACGCUGUGUAUAAAUACUCUUAAUAGUUAAAAUGUUCUAAAUUUUACCAUAUCCACAAAAUAUACUAGACAAUAUUGGUAAUUUUUUGUCCUAUAUUGUCAUCAAGUUUGACUGAAGUAAAUGAAUUAAACAAGGCUUUGUGUGUAGUGCCUUUUCAAGUGACAUAGUCUAUUCUUAGACUUAACAUUUCAAAUAUAUCUGUAUCUUACUUUGAUUUUCUGCUGUGCUUUUCACUAACAAAAAAUAAUUUUCGUUUAAUUUCGUUAUAGUUCAAUCUUGAGAUUCAAUCAGGAUUGAAUAGAAUAUUUUUAAAGGAGAAGAGAUGUAUGGGAUUUCAUUGGUUGGUUUUAUGGAGAAAUUUUAAGAGAGAGAAAAAAAGUUUUUAAAAUUUUAUCUUAUAUUCUGCUAAGUACAUGUAGAACAGUUUCAAAGGAAGGAAAACUGAUGUAUUAGAAGGCUAAAAAUAAUUUAAUUUUAUUUACAGUGAAGAAAUAUACAAUCCUCAAACUCUUCUCCUUUUUCCUAGUUUGGCUACUUUUGCCUGCUUUGGCCUCUUUGGUCUUGUUUGUUUUCUUUUGUCUUAAUGAGAAAGACAUCAGCAACAUGAGGACAGUGUGUGGUUUGGUUACUGAGUUUACACGUCCCGAAAAAAAAGAAAACUGACAUGUGUUUUAAAUAUAUCGACUUAAUCUGUCUAAAGUCUUACUGUUUCCUAAUUUACUUCUUUUUAUAAAUAUAUAUGUAAUACAGUAUUUGUUAUGUGAAAUGUUACUUAAAAAUGUUGCCGUGUUCUCAAAGUUGAUUAAUUAUGACUUAUUAAUCAUGUAUUAUAAGCAUAAAAUAGAUGUAAGAAGAUAAUGUUCAAUUUGUUAUGUUGCAUAA